UUGUAUUGGAUGUGAAAAAUGUUUGUUUGCAAUCAAUUGAGUCAAUUGGUCGGCCAGACCUUGAAGAAUGUGGUUAAACCUCCACUACAGCUCACUCUAGCCAUCAUUAAACCCGAUGUCUGUAAAGAUCCCAAUCGACUCAAUGCCAUCAAAAAUAUGAUUAAAAUAAAUGGAUUUUAUUUUAUUCGUUCACUAAUGACACGAAUGUCUGAAUUGGAAGCCAAAGAUUUUUAUAGCGAACACAAAGAUAAGUUUUUCUACUGGAGAUUAGUGUCGUUCAUGUCUUCGGGUGUCAUAUCAUGUCAUAUAUUAGCAAAACAUAAUGCGAUCACUGAAUGGAGA